AUGGAGUUGCCACAAUUACUACCUAGUGGUGUAAGUGAAACUUUGGAAGCAAAAACAAAUAGACUAGUAGAGGAACUUAAAAAUCCUACUGACUUUGUGCGUAGUUGUGUCCUUCGUGGUCCAUCAUAUCUUUCACGAUGUAUUGAUGAGUUUGGUGAUGUUAUUUCUCACAUUGAUGAAAAACUCUACAUGAAUUUGUCUUCAUUGGGCUACUUGAGAUCAAUAUAUGCAUUAUGUGAUGAUAUUAAUAUAUUGAAAUUUAGUACCUCAGAAAUUAUGAGUUUUAUACUUUCAAUUAAGAUGUCUUCUAGCUUUAUUACAAAUUUCUUAGUGGAACCAUAUGAUAAUAUUCAAUUCAAUAUUUUUCUACUUGAUAGACUCCUACAAGUUCAGGAUUUAUGUAAUAGAAGUAUUGAAUUUACUUUAUCUAUUGUAAGAUUAAAACAGCUUGUCAAUCCUUUUAUAUCUUUAAACACAAUGGAUAUAAGUGACUUGGACUCUGAAAAUAGCAAGAAUUGCUGCAAGGUACCACCAAUUGAUCUUGCAAGAGCAAGUGCAAUGAUUGUAGAAUUGGAAUCAAUGUUAAUGGACAACUCAAAGGAACUAGAUAGCUAUACUAAUAAAUUAAAAUGUGGUAGAAAUAGGAUCUCACUAGAAUUCCUGGAAUUUCUCCAAGAAGAUAUAUCUUGGUUGAGAAAAACUAGUGCAUUAUAUAGACAACAAGGUCAUAAAAUGUUGAUUCAAGGGAUGCAAAUAAGCGACAAAAAUUUAAUUAGAUUGGGUUCAAUAGUGCUCCAUAACUUUGGAGAACUAUGGGACCACAUAGAUACAAUUGUUAAUGAUGUACUUCUUAGACAAGUCCACCAUACAUUUCAACUAUCUGCGCUAAAGAAUUGUAUCAACUUAGAAGCAAAACCAGAAAUCACCACACCAAUCAAGAUCUCUAUAGCUGCAAAAUUACUGUUGGGAACUAUUAAUAGGACUUUAAAUGUUAUAGUUGCUGGGUUACAGCAACUACUACGCCUGUAUGAAGUCUUGUUAAAUAAUAAAUAUCAAGAGUUUCCAACAAGAGGUGAAUUUCUGCUAGACAGGAAUAAUUUAAAUUUUGUUGAGGAAUAUUGGUUUAAAUGUUCAUCUAUUUUAUCUAGUGUAUUUAAAAGCUUAAAUAAUCCAUCUAUCAUGUUAAAUGAAAUGAUUGAAGAGCCUGAAGCAGAAAUAGCAUUUGUAGGACACUUAUCAUCGGAACAAGUACUUCAGAUACUAGUUAGAUUUUACCCAGAUAUCUCAAGACUACUUCAGACAACUUGCAAGUACAUUAAGAGAAGAUUACUGUUUUCACUACAAAUAAAUAGCUCAGAUAUAUCUAGUGAUAUUUUUUCUCUGAAUGUUGCUUGUAAUAUUCGUGAAGAGUAUAUAAACUGCACGAGAUUACGUUUUGUUAAAUUAUUUGACUCACUGUUAAACCAGAAGAACCAACACUAUAUACCAAGUCAAAUUACAAAAGACAUACAUAUCUUAAUAAAAUCUAUGAUUGAGGUAUUUUCAGAAGUCAAGGAUACUGAAGAUGUAUGUUCAACUGUGUGUGAAAUUUUUCGAAACUUGAUAUUGCACUUUAUUGUAACCUGUGGCACCAUAGUGCAACCCGAAGGUAGCAAUAUUCAAUUCUACAUAUGUGAAUCUCUAACAGAAGUCCAGAAGAAUUUACUUCCUAAAAAGUCUGGCUAUACUGAGUUCCAGUUCUCACUUAAAAAGCCAUUACCAAAACCAAAUAAUUCACACAUACUAAAUGGUUACAUAGCAACAGUCAGUGGUACCCUUUCUGCUGAGUUGGAGAAGAUGUUCAAAAUUGAUACUGUAUCAAGUAUAAACUUUACAGAUAAGAGUCAUUUAGUAGACCUACUACGAUCACUACAGUAUAAAGCAACAGCUCGUUGGUUUGUAAAUUUAGCGAGGACUAUUCAGUUUUGUCUGCUACCACUUAUGCAUCAAGAAGCCCUAAAUACUUCUGGAAACUACUAUAAAGAUGAAACUUUUAAGAUAAAAUCCAAUAGCAACUAUAAUUCUUCAGAGAACAUAAUAUAUAUAUCACACUAUAUAACUAAGAUUCGUGACUUAAUCUCACAUGUCACUGACAAAUGGUUUACACUACUUUCUCCAAUACGGCUGUGGCAUAAGUGCCUUUUAGCUUUUUGUAGAUAUGUAACUUUAUCUUUUCUGAGUAAUUCUGCUUUAUUAAUAGAUAUUGAUGAGACAAAGUGUCAUUAUAUUGCUGGAAAUAUUGCUGAGCUUCAAGUAAUAAUGUCUCAAGUAUUAGAAGAUGGUGUUACAAGUAAUAUUUUGCAAAAAGAAAUAUAUAUGCUAUAUGAUUUUAGAAGAGUUGUUUUUAGUGAUAUACUUACAAUAGAGUCGACAUUAAUUAACCGAACAAAUUUCUCAGAUGAUAAUGAAUUACUCUUUCAGUCAAUCACAAGGUUACCCAUUAUAUUAAGCUCUUUGCAACUACUAUUUCGCUUACCAGUGGAUGGAGCUAUGGAAACCAUUUAUAAGGAUAUUCCAUGUACAUUUUCUAAGUAUCUAGGUAUAUCUACUGAACAUCUAGCAAGUAUAGUGUUUGAUACUAUUUUUUCUGAAUUGCAAUUUACUGUGGAAAAUGGCUCAGAUAAGGACUUACUCGAUCUCUUUUCCUAUAGAAAACAUGUAGUGUCAGAUAGUGAACACAGUGACAUUAGAAACUCAGCAGACCUAUUGAAAAAAAUUUCUGAAUAUGUAAGUUUGCUUGAUCAACAUUCUUCACUUUAUAAAAACAUAACUGAAAGAGAAAAUAAUAUAAUCUAUUUAGUGAGAAGUACAGUAGCGUGUAUAAACUAUUUAGUCAAUAGGAAGUAA